UUAAAUACGACAACGGACAAGUAGAAGAAGAGAGGUUUAACAACUAACUUCUACUUGCCACUUCAGAAGUGUAGUGGUAGCCUAGGCCUAGUAUAAGUCAGAAGCAAGGAUGUCGCUAGGCCCCGGUUCCGCGGCUAAGGCUAGUGGAAUGGAAGUGGUUGUGGCAGGUGCAGAAGAUGAUCCAGAUUUUAUCACCUUUCUGUUUGAUCCUGAAGAGCAGUACAACUGCUACUUCGUAGUGGGAAACCCUGAAGUUGGAGACACGGAGAGGAUCGGAGUGGUAAAAAAGAUGCUUCUGGCCCACUCUGUGGUUUUCAGAGCAGAAUUGCAAACCUCAAAGAUAGCAGAAAAAAAUGAUGUUAAACUGCCUGAUGUCUUCCCCCAAACUUUUAAAAACUUAUUAAGAUUUGUUUAUGGCUACGAUAACACUCAAAACUUGAGCUUUGAUGAAGCAGACAACUUGUUGUACGUUGCAGACAAAUAUUGGAUGUCCAAGUUAAAAAAUAGACUUGCAAUCCGUCUGAUGUCUUUGUUGAACCUAACCAACAUCUGCAGCCUGAUGAAUAACCCCGCUUGUUACACCGUUCUCGAGCUAAACUCAAUGAUUAAUGAGAUACUCCAGGCGGAAACAGAAAAGGUUUUGGCUAGUCCUCAGUUUCCUGACUUGUCUCCCCUCGGCUUUCUAACAAUCCUGCAACAGGAGGUGUGCAAUGUACCUGAAAUUGACCUCUGGACUUCUGCCAUUGAAUGGGCUACGCAUAGAGUUUCAGGAGAGUCGAAAAAUGGAGAAGUCUUGAGGGAUGAGUUGAAUGACCAUCUUAAACACAUUCGAAUCUGUACAUUGUCUGACAAAGAUUUGAUGGCUCAAGUGGUACCUUCAGGAGUCCUGACAUAUAAUGAACUCAAGUUGAUCGGUGACACUCGCAGAACUGAGAAAGUACAGCCUGACUUGACAACAAUCUGCAACAAGAUUGAAAAGAGGCAAGAACCGUUGUCGGAAUUGAUGGAACAAAGAUUGAGCCUAAAUACUGUAUAUGGUAACAUUACUAAUACGAAAAUAACUAUCAAUACCAAAGGAGUCCCAAUACAGUUGUGCUCAGUAAAGCUUUAUAGCUCCAGUACAAAUCAGCACCAAUGCAACUGCACAAUAACAUUACAAAAGGGGACAGAACCACCUACUGAGAUGAGAUACCAAGGACUGAUCGAUGGAGCUUCCAACAGGGCCAUUCCAAUCAUUCUUGAUGACAUGAGGAAUGUGUGUUUGUCUCCAAAUUCAACAUAUUUAGUCAAACUCUCAUUUUGUUGUGGACAUAGUCAUUCCCAUUACUAUUGGUCAAAAUCAAUACAAAAUGGGAAACACUUUGACAUUGGAUUUCAGCUCUAUUCUGGAUCCUACUAUGUUACCCCCAUAGAAACAAUAUGUUAUAAAACAGCAAGAAAGAACAAUGGUGAUCUCUGAGGAGAACAAUAAAAUUAUCUUGGCCUGUUUAUCCUGAUAAUCCGUUUUGGUUGUUUCUUGGUAAAAAGAUAUGAGAGAAUUUUUUUAAGACUUAAUUUAUCUGUCUGUUUCACACAAAAAAUUGUUGAAAGAUUUAUGUACCUCUGUUACUAUAAAUUCUAUUCUAUGGCACUGUAAAAUAUUUUUUUAUAAAACUGCAAAUUGUACUCUGUAGUGGAUAAGUAAAUGAGGAACUAGUAAAACACAGCUUCCAACUGAUGUAAAUGUUAAAUACAUUUUGUUAAUUCAGCUAGUAAAACUAACUUGUAAAUUACUGCAAGCACCUGUUAUUAAACAUUACUAUAAACUAA